AUGCUGCCCCUCCCUGCGUACGCAUCCUCCACGCUCAAGCGACGAUGGCGGAUCUCAUACUUGCACCUGAUAUCCGCUACAGUGAUCCUCGGACUCUCUGCGUAUACACUCUUACUCUUCUACUCACGGACUCCGACCUAUCUCCAAAAAGAGGUCCAACACCUCCGAAAUAUCCCCAACGACUUUUCUCAACUAUCCAGUCGUAAAGGCGGCGUAAUCGACGAAGAUGUUUUGAAAGAGACCAUGGCCGUUGUCAACAAUCUCCGUGUCGAAUUUAAUCGCCAAGAGCGGGAGAAAGAGGCUGGACAGGGAUGGACACAUUGGUUCUUGUCUCCCUUUUCGAUUACGCGAGAUGCCUUGGUGGUCUCGAGUACGCACGCGUAUCCGUCAUGCCCGACUCGGCUUGACGAGCGUUACACGUCUGCGUUGUACUCCAAGCGGACGUUUAUCGCGAUCAACUUGUUGCAAAAUGAAGAGUUGAUGCCGACGUUAACAAGGGAGUUGGUCGCUCUCAUUCGAGUGUUGGGACCGGACCGGGUUUUCGUAUCGAUAUAUGAAAACGCGAGCAUGGACUUGACAGUUAUGCACCUGAGGUUGCUAUGCAAAGUAUUAGACGCCCUCGGAACCCCAUACAAAGUGAUCGCCAAAGGCCUCAUGGAGCCUCAGCAAAAAGAACACGGUCACCGAAUCUCGCGGCUUUCAUCAGUGCGAAAUGCGGCCAUGGAGCCGCUCCAGGAUUUAGACCCACUGGAAUUCGAUAAUGUACUUUGGCUGAACGACAUCUUCCACUGCCACACAGACGUACUCGAAUUGCUUUUGCAAAAGCAAAAACAGGGUGCCGUUCAAGCUUGUGGGUUGGACUUUGGACCUAAGGGAUUGAUUUACGAUCGUUGGGUGCUGCGAAAUAUGAGAGGACGGCCGUUUUACAAUUACUCGGACAUUGUCGACUUUUUCUCAAGUGACAUCACAUACAAAACUCGUCCAAUGGUCCUUCCGUUAGCAGAAGACAGUGAAGACAAGUCUGCGCUUGAAAGGGGCAACCCGUUCCAGGUGUUUUCGUGCUGGAAUGGCGUUACAGCGCUUUCAGCAUCCGUGUUUGCUCCCCCAUUGUCUCUCCGUUUCCGUACGGCACUGAAUGAUCGGAAUUCUACAGACGGGGUAACAGACAAAGCGAGCGAGUGUUACUUGAGCAGCGUGGACUUGUGGAAAGCCGGGAUGGGAAAAAUAAUGGUUGUUCCUCGAGUCAGGCAAACAACGCCGCAGAUCAAGUGGCAGACAACGCCUCCAGACACUGUAUACAUGAACAAUUUUGCGGUCUGGUAUCUUCCAGAGACCCCCGAACCGUGGGACGAGGCGUGA